GGAUUGGCCGCUGCCUUCCCGCUCUCCUUCCCGAACCGCCAUUUUGAAAAUCUUGUUGAUUCAGGGGAGGCGAGAGCGCGGCGGGAGCAUCGCACCAACCCCGCAGCCCGCGCGGACUUCGCCUCGGCUCGGCCUCCGUGAGCCUCGCGCAGCCUCCUCGUGCUCUUCACCUUCCAGGCUCGCGGCAGCCGGGACUCCGCGGUCCACAGUAUGUCCUCAUCGGCGCCCGCUGAGGAGGGAGAGGGAACCCCGGUGCCCCCCGCGUCCGAGGAGCCCGAAAUGCCGGGACCCCGGGAAGAGAGCGAGGAAGAGGACGAGGAGGAUGAGGAGGACGACGACGAGGAGGAAGAGAAAGAGAAGAGUCUCAUUGUAGAAGGCAAGAGGGAAAAGAAGAAAGUAGAGAGAUUGACAAUGCAAGUGUCUUCAUUACAGAGAGAGCCAUUUACUAUUGCACAAGGAAAAGGGCAGAAACUUUGUGAAAUUGAAAGGAUACAUUUUUUUUUGAGUAAGAAGAAAACAGAUGAACUUCGAAAUCUGCACAAACUGCUUUACAACAGACCAGGCACAGUGUCCUCAUUAAAGAAGAAUGUGGGUCAGUUUAGUGGUUUUCCGUUUGAAAAAGGAAGUGUCCAGUAUAAAAAGAAGGAAGAAAUGUUGAAAAAAUUCAGAAAUGCCAUGUUAAAGAGCAUCUGUGAGGUUCUUGAUUUGGAAAGGUCAGGAGUAAAUAGUGAGCUUGUAAAGAGGAUUUUGAAUUUCUUAAUGCAUCCAAAGCCUUCUGGCAAACCAUUGCCAAAAUCUAAAAAAAAUUCUAGCAAAGGUAGUAAAAAGGAACGGAACAGUUCUGGAGCUGCAAGAAAAGCAAAGCAAUCCAAAUGUCCUGAAAUUCUAUCGGAUGAAUCUAGUAGUGAUGAAGAAGAAAAGAAAAAUAAGGAAGAGUCUUCAGAUGAUGAAGACAAAGAAAGUGAAGAGGAGCAGCCACCAAAAAAGACAUCUAAAAAAGAAAAACCUAAACCAAAAGCUACUUCUAAAAGUAAAAAGUCUGUGAAAAGUGCUAAUAUUAAGAAGGCAGAUAGCAGCACCACCAAGAAGAAUCAAAACAGUUCGAAGAAAGAAAGUGAAUCUGAGGAUAGUUCAGAUGAUGAACCUUUAAUUAAAAAGUUGAAGAAACCGCCUACAGAUGAAGAGUUAAGGGAAACAGUCAAGAAAUUAUUGGCCAGUGUUAACUUGGAAGAGGUCACAAUGAAGCAGAUUUGUAAAAAGGUAUAUGAAAAUUAUCCUGCUUACAAGUUAACUGGAAGAAGGGCCUUCAUUAAAACAACUGUAAAAGAGCUAAUUUCUUGAGGACAGAUGACUUGUUCCUUUAGAUUUGAAGAUCGGACUUAUACCAUUAUACCAGCAAAGAGAAUGUAUCUCCUUUUAUCUCCUUUUCUAAAUCCUUGUAAAAUGUGUUGCUGACCUUUUUAUUGUUACAUAUAUUUGAGUUUGCUGUUUUAAAUUGCAUUUCUAUGCAGUUUUUAGUCUAAAAUCUUGCAUGGCAUUGUCCCUUGCUUUUAUAGCUGUAUUUUGUACAUUUUGGAUUUCUCUAUAUGAGGUUAUAGAUUGCUGACCUGUUGUGGGGGCUUUUUAGUGCACUAAUUUAGCUUGCUUAGGACAUAAGUUUUAAUCACGUAGAACAAAAGUUACUAUAACUGGCACUUAUACAUGCAGAGACUGUUGCAGUACUUAGUAUAGGAAGUGCUUUGAAUACACCUCCUGUGUUGGUGUGGAAACUUAGUGACAGUGUGUUCAUAUUAAAUCACACAAGCAGUGACUCUCCAGAUGGCUGAAUUGGGACUUCUGCAUGUGUAUAUAUAUAUAUAUACAUAUAUAUAUGAAAUUGUCAGCAUGACAAAUAGAUAUUUUUGUAUUUUUCAAAACCAAUUUGUUGUAUAUAAUGUUUUUUUUAUUUCUUUUGUGCAGAUCAAUUUUUAAACUCUUGUACGUAGGUAAUCACACUUGUAAACUAUGAAACGUCAGUGUUCAGCCAGAUGGUAUGAUGGAGCAGAGGGCAGAGUUCAGUGACUGGAAUACUCAUGGAGCUGUUCAGUUCUGCUUUUCCCUAAAAGUGUCAUCACUCUGUAGUUUUAGCAUUAACUGCAUACAAAAGUGUCUCAUUAAGUUUUAUAUUGUCAAGACCAAAAUCAACACAAGACUUAGAGAAAGAGUAGCAUUAAGUAAACAGAUUUGGCUUAUAAUAAGUAAACUGAUUUUUUGCUUUUGACCACCUUUGUAAUUAUGAUAAAAGUAUCAGAUGUAAUGCCAGAAAAUGUAUGGGCAAUAGUAUUUCUCAAAAGUUUUAAUAUUUUUAAUGGAGAAAUUUAGUAUUUGUGGAAUCAGGGAUGGGCUAUAUAACAUAGGUUUGAAAUUUCAGCCAAUCAGGAUUCUAAGUGAUCAAUAUGGACUACCCCAAACUUAAAAGACAGAAUUCCGUCUUUUAAGUUAGUCUUUAAAAGCCUAUCUAUAAUUUAAAAUAUGCUGCUUAUGACAAGUAUUUGUAACACUGUUUAAAGACAUUUACAUAAUAGUACAGAAUUACAUGAAAAGUAUUUUUCAUAGACUAUAUACACACGCACACCACACAAUUAGGACAUUAGGGAAAGGUAUACUUGACUAAAAGAGUAAAUAGAAUAUGCAAUAGCCCUAAAAAUUGGCUUUUGAUUAUAAUUAUUGAAUAAACCUUGUUACUAAAAACCAA